GCGGCCAGGGAUGAGUGGGGGUAACACGGUCGGUGGGAAAAUGGCGCGCUGUCUGCGUGGGUCGGUAAUUAGUUUGGCCAUGUUCCAGAGUAUGGUUUGGGGUGUUCUGAGGCGGUACGAGAUGCCAGGGGAAGAGGGAUAACAGCCUAUGAGGCCGACUAAUGACGCCGGUUUUCCAUCUACCGCAUGAAGCAACGCAACGCGCCAUAGCCCCCAUUUCCCACUGAACUCGGUAGAAAUUCAUCUGCCUCCUUGCUUUUGUUUCCCUUUUUUUGUACUCUUUGUCAGCGAAGGCCUUAGAACUAGUUAGUGGUAUUAUUAGCUGGAGGAUGCUUCAUUAAUCUCGUUUCAUUUGUGUCCAUGACAUACCUUCUCCCCCCCCCCGCGUCUUAUCAUUGUCAUGGCGCUCAUCGGCUUCCCACGAGGCUUGCGAUCCAUCGUUCUUCCGGUUAGUCUGCUCGCCAUCACCCUCGUGGCCCUAGCCCUGUACCAUGGCGCAGGGAGUAAGGAGAAUUUCUUGCGGAACCUCCCCAAUAUUCACGGCGGUGGCGCGGAUAAGGCCGGCGCUCACGAGAAUCACCGCCCGACAAAUACGCAUCCGCCCCCGAAAUACAAACCGACACCGACCUAUCUCGCUCCAUCUGUGGUCGAUCCGUGGCCGCUGCUUGCGAAGUCGACAGCAACGGCGCCACCUAUACCAGAAUAUAACGUUCCUCGCCCGGGACUCCAUCGAGAGUAUGGGCUGUCUUACAUGCCGCCCCUCUUCAUCGGGUUCACGCGUCAGUGGCCGAUGCUCCUGCAGUGCAUCGUCAGCUACCUGACGGCCGGCUGGCCACCCGAGUCCAUCUUCGUGGUCGAAAACACAGGCGUGCAAGAUUCGAACGCGAGGGACAAACUGAGCCUGCAAAACCCUUUCUACCUCAACCACGUCGUAUUGCGCAGACUAGGGGUCAACAUCAUACAGACCCCUGUCUUGCUGACUUUCUCGCAAAUGCAGAACUUCUUCCUGUCAACCGCCCACUCCCGGAGCUGGCCGUACUACUUUUACUCUCACCAAGACGUGUUGGUGUUAUCGUUUGAGGAUGGUCCCGACACCAUGAAGCGCCCCGGCGAUCGAGACUGGUUCUUCUACGACGAGGAGGACGAGACGGAUAUCAUGCGCCCGGCCGCCGCGGGUCAGCGUGGGUACCGCACCAUCUACGAGAAUUGCCUUCGCGAGCUCAACCGAACCCUAGAGCACGAUAAACGCUGGGCAUUCCGCUGGUUUCAGUACGACCACUUGACGCUGGUAAACAGAGCGGCGCUGGAUGCGGUGGGCGGCUGGGACUCCCUGAUGCCGUAUUAUGGCAGCGACUGCGAUAUGAAUGCCAGGCUGGAGAUGGACGGGUGGAGCAUGAGACAUCGGCGUGUGGGCAUCAUAAAUGACGUAUCGACCGUGUUAGUGGACCUCGCCGCACUGUAUCGAGACCCAAACGUCUCUCCUAAGUUCAUCGAUCCGAACCCGAUCCCCGAGACGGAGGACAUGCCUGGGGAGUCUUCGGGGACGGAGGGGGGAAAACAGGAAGAGGCGGCCGGGGAAGGCCGCGAGGGCGACGAGGAAGCUAAGGAAGAGAAAACCGACGGAGAACGGAGGGGAGAAGGGGGGGGUCAUGAAAAGUCGACGCAACGACGACGAGGCGAUAGGCGCGAGGGUGCCUCUGGCACGAGCAUCGCCACGGCGAUCGAGUAUUUUCGGGAGCUCGUCAAUGUUGGGAACGACAUGGGGGCGUAUAAGUACCGCGACGAGAACAAAGCACGCAACUCGUGGCAGAGCAGUCAGCGCGGCGGGGUGGGAGAGCCGUACUACUACAACUCGGACGGGUUUUCCAAGUCAUUCUGGAUCCUGGCCGAGGCCGGCCGCGAGGUAUUCCGGCAGAAAUGGGGCCACCAAGACUGCGACCUCGUGAAGGGGACGGCUCUAAAGCUCGAGGAUCAGUGGCUCGUCGAGAAGGACUGGGAGGGGUAGCGAGAGUGGUUGAGGACAUACUCGUGGCAGCAUACGGGUUAAGGCGUUUUUGAUGGUGUUCGGUGAACCCAGGCGGUCGGGUUUCUAGGGUAGGGGAAAAAGCCAGAGGAAAUGCGAUGGCAGCAGAUAUGGCCUUACUGUAAAUGAGGAUAUAUACAGACAGGUAGGUAGAUGGAUUGGAUGUAAUGUUAGAGAUGGAAAUGGGAUGAGCGAGGCUUUUAAGAAGGCCGAGAGAGGGCUAGGAGGUACCUGCCUCCAGCCUUUGGCGGUACCUGCCUCCCUUGGGGGGUACCUACCUUAGGUACUUACCUUCUUGAGGGGGCAUCUACCUAACCUACCUUCCUCAGCGGGUACCUGCGACUCUACGCUGACGAGGCUUAUUGGCGCGGUCGACGUUCAUAGAUCGUAUAGUAUUUAAUAUACCUAGGUAAGAAUAUGCCGCUUGGGAGAGAGCCAGCCUAAGCGGUUGAAUAGAUGAGCGGGUUCUCGUACCGC